AUGCCUCCCAAACGAAAAUCUAUUGGUCGAUCUACAUCAGAAACAAGAAAAAAAAGGGCAAUGCGAGCUUCUGAAACAGACGAACAGCGAGAAUCAAGAUUGGAAACAGAUCGAUUACGUGCUGCUCAAGCCCGCUCAAAUGAAACAGAAGAGCAACGUGAAUCAAGAUUGGAAACAGUUCGAUUACGUGCUGCUCAAGCCCGCUCAAAUGAAACGGACGAACAGCGAGAAUCAAGAUUGGAAACAGUUCAAUUACGUGCUGCUCAAGCCCGCUCAAAUGAAACAGAAGAGCAACGUGAAUCAAGAUUAGAAUCCAAUCGGGUAGGCACUGCUCAAGCCCGCACAAAUGAAACAGAAGAGCAACAUGAAUCAAGAUUAGAAUCCAAUCGGGUAGGCACUACUCAAGCCCGCUCAAAUGAAACAGUAGAUCAACGGAGAGAAAGACUGGGAACCAAUCGAGAACGCAAUUUUCAAACCAGACGGACACUGCAUGCAGAUCUGAACCUCUCUGCAUUCAGUUAUGAUCCUGAUUAUGAUUACAGUCUUCAUCGAGGUGUCGCUAUCGGAAAAAUGGAUAAAGUGUGCAAGUUUUGCCAUGCGUUGAAAUUUAAGAAUGAAACGCCUGGAAUGUGCUGCGCAAGUGGAAAAGUGAAACUACCAGAACUGCAUUUACCACCCGAACCGUUAUCAACUUUGGUAUCAGGUGAAACAAGCCAGUCGAAACAUUUCUUGGAAAACAUACGUAGGUACAAUUCAUCUUUCCAGAUGACGUCAUUCGGUGCAUCAGCAAUCAUUCGUGACAAUUACAUGCCAACCUUCAAAAUUCAAGGCCAAAUAUAUCAUCGGGUUGGAUCACUUUUACCACUGGAAGAUGCAGAUCACAAAUUUCUCCAAAUUUAUUUUAUGGGAAACCCUGCUGAGCAAGUUAAAAAGCGUUGUCAAUUCAAUACCAGUACUAACCAAGAAAUAAUAGCUGCUCUACAACCUAUGUUUGAUCAACACAAUGAACUGGUUCGGCUAUUCAGGACGGCGCUUGACCGAAUGCCAGCUGAUGAAUAUGCUGUUGUAAUUAGAGCUGACAAAACACCAGUCGGCCAGCAUGAAAGACAAUAUAAUGCACCAACUUUAAAUGAAGUCGCGAUUGUCAUAGCCGGCGAAGAGUUCAACUCGCGUGAUAUUAUUCUUCAUCGCAGAAAUGGUAAUGUUCAGCGAGUCUGUGAAACGCAUCGGUCUUAUGAUGCUUUACAAUACCCCAUAAUAUUUUGGCAAGGAGAAGAUGGGUAUCAUUUCAAUAUCAAAAUGAUAAAUCCAGAAACAAAUGAGGAGAUAAAUAAAAAAGUUAGUGCUAUGAAGUACUAUGCUUAUAGACUGAUGAUUCGUGAAAAUCAAGAGAAUCACAUUUUAAAAUGUCGGCAACUGUUCCAUCAGUACAUUGUCGACAUGUACGCUAAAAUUGAGAGCGAACGACUUCUGUUUAUUCGACUGAAUCAAGCCAAACUGCGCUCAGAAGAGUACAUCCAUCUGCGUGAUGCAAUUACUACCGAUACCAAUCCCAAUGAUAUUGGGAAAAUGGUAAUUUUGCCAGCUACAUUCACAGGAAGCCCUCGGCACUUACACGAGUACGCGCAGGAUGCGAUGACCUAUGUUCGCAACUACGGCCGUCCCGAUCUAUUCAUCACGUUUACGUGCAAUCGCAAGUGGGAUGAAAUCAAAGAACUUCUUUUACCUGGACAGUCACCUGCGGAUCGUCAUGACAUCAUCGCACGUGUUUUCAAACAAAAAUUAAAAUCUUUGAUGGAUUUCAUCGUCAAGCAUCAUGUUUUUGGGGAGACACGCUGCUGGAUGUAUUCAAUUGAAUGGCAGAAAAGAGGCUUGCCUCAUUCGCAUAUUUUGGUUUGGUUGUGUAACAAAAUUACACCCGACAAAAUUGACGAAAUAAUAUCAGCAGAGAUUCCCGAUAUCAACAUCGAUCCCGGUUUGUUUGAAGUUGUUUCAAACAACAUGAUCCAUGGUCCAUGUGGCGCGAUCAACAACACUUCUCAGUGCAUGAAGGAUGGUAAGUGCACAAAACGAUAUCCAAGAGACUUACACGCAGAGACUAUCACCGGAAAUGAUGGCUAUCCAAAAUACCGUCGACGAGCAACUGAGGAUGGUGGCAACGUCAUCGUUCUAAAAUUGCACAACAAUGACAUUGAUAUUGAUAAUCGUUGGAUUGUUCCAUAUUCACCGUUACUAUCAAAGACGUUCAAAGCUCACAUCAAUGUAGAAUAUUGCAAUUCAGUGAAAUCUAUCAAGUACAUUUGCAAAUAUGUAAACAAAGGAAGUGAUAUGGCCGUUUUCGGAGUAGGAAAUCCGUCUGCACCAAUCGAUGAAAUUGAACGAUUUCAAUUGGGACGCUACAUUAGUAGCAAUGAAGCUGUUUGGCGAAUUUUAUCGUUUCCCAUUCAUGAACGCCAUCCACCUGUUGUUCACUUGGCUGUGCAUGUUAAAGAUGGACAAAGUGUUUGCUUUACAAUGGAAAACAUACAAACUAAAGCAUUGUCACCACCGCACACUACUUUAACUGCAUUCUUUGUGUUGUGCAAUGAAGAUGAGUUCGCCCGAACGCUUCUUUACUCAGAAGUUCCAAAGUAUUACACGUGGAAUGGAUCAGCGAAAAAGUUCCAACGACGAACACAGGGCAAACCCGUUGCAGGACAUCACAAUUUAUAUUCGUCUGACACGUUAGGCCGUCUCUAUACCGUCCACCCAAAUAAUCAAGAAUGUUUUUACUUGAGAUUAUUGUUAGUUAACGUACGUGGGCCCAGAUCAUUUCAAGAACUGAAAAUAGUAAAUGAUGCAGAAUGUGAGACCUAUCGAGAAGCUUGCCAAAAACUACAUCUUCUUGAAAACGAUGCCCAUUGGGACACAGCACUCGCUGAUGCAUCAAAUACUGCUCAGCCACAACAAAUGCGUACGUUGUUUGCAAUAAUAUUGACAACAUGUUUCCCAUCCAAUCCAAAAGAUCUUUGGGAAAAAUACAAAGAUUGGAUGAGUGAAGACAUCUUACGUCGUUUGCAAAGCACGAAUCCCAGUAUGCAAUUUACACCAAUGGUGUAUAAUGAGGCGCUGCUUGCUAUUGAGGAUAUAUGUUUGUCAAUCGCUAACAAAGGAUUGGUGCAAUUGGGAAUGUGUGCACCAAAUCGAUCUGGAAAUAACUCAUAUGAUCGUGAUUUGCAACGUGAAAACGACUUCGAUGUCAAUGAUUUGGGUGCGUUUGUUGAAAGGAAUCUACCAAAAUUGGUUCCAGAACAACGUAUUGUAUAUGACACAAUCAUGCAAGCAGUUACAAAUCAAAGCGGAGGAUUGUACUUUAUAGAUGCACCAGGAGGUACAGGCAAAACCUUUCUUAUUUCAAUCAUUUUGGCAACGAUAAGAUCAAGAAAUAAAAUUGCCUUGGCAAUUGCAUCAUCUGGAAUUGCAGCAACACUUUUAGAUGGUGGUCGAACAGCACAUUCAGCCCUAAAAUUACCGUUGAAUUUGCAUUCCAUCGAGACGCCAACAUGCAAUAUCACCAAAAAUUCUGGAAUGGGCAAGGUUCUCCAAACAUGUGAGUUGAUCAUAUGGGACGAAUGCACUAUGGCGCACAAAAAAGCACUGGAAGCUCUUGAUCGCACACUUCAAGAUUUAAGGAAUAAUGGGCAGCCUUUUGGCGGAGCACUCAUUUUAUUGUCGGGUGAUUUUAGACAAACUCUGCCAGUUAUACCACGUUCAACACCGGCUGAUGAGCUUAAUGCAUGUCUCAAAUCAUCUGUUCUAUGGAGACAUGUAAAGAAAUUAACCUUGAAAACCAACAUGCGUGUUCAACUUCAAAAUGAUGCAUCCGCCGAACGUUUCGCAAAACAAUUGCUGGAUAUUGGGAAUGGGAAGAUGGCAGUUGACAGAUCGUCACAAUAUAUCGCCUUGCCAGAAAACUUUUGCAACAUGACAUCAAGUCAAGACGACUUAAUUGAAAAGGUUUUCACAAAUAUCUCACAGAAGUUUGAAAACCAUCAGUGGCUUAGUGAACGCGCCAUAUUAGCUGCUACAAACAGCGAUGUCAACGACAUGAAUUUCACCAUUCAAAAGAGAAUACCAGGAGAAGAGACAACGUACAAGUCAAUAGACACUGUGAUAAAUCAAGACGAAGUUGUCAGUUAUCCGACAGAAUUCUUAAAUUCAUUGGAUUUGCCAGGUAUGCCACCGCAUAUAUUAAGUCUGAAACUUGGUGCGCCUAUCAUUCUCCUUAGAAAUAUAAAUCCACCACGACUGUGCAACGGUACAAGACUUGCAGUCAAAAAAAUGAUGCACAAUAUCAUUGAAGCAACUAUUUUGACUGGAAAAUUCAAGGGUGAGCAUGUGUUGUUGCCACGUAUUCCAAUGAUACCAACAGACAUGCCGUUUGAUUUUAAACGCUUACAAUUUCCAGUACGCCUGGCUUUUGCCAUGACAAUAAAUAAAGCGCAAGGCCAAUCGCUGCAAGUAUGUGGUUUAAACUUGCAGAACUCGUGUUUCUCACAUGGGCAAUUAUAUGUUGCUUGCUCACGUGUGGGAAAAUCUUCUGAUUUAUACGUAUACGUACCAGAAGACAAAACAAAAAACAUUGUAUAUCCACAGGCGCUCGAAUAA